CUGAUACCGGCGCGGCGCACUGAACACCCACUCAUCGUUCGUUCGCCGCGCAAACGAAAACAAACACCCGGCUCAUCUCACUUGUGCUUCCCUCACCUGCCCUCGCCACUAUACUAAUUGCUACACCUGCCCCAUUAUCACUUGCAACAUUUACUUAACACAUUUUAUCCAUUUAUUUAUUUGUGUGUGUGUGUGUGUGUGUGUGUGUGUGUGUGUGUGUGUGUGUGUGUGUGUGUGUGUGUUGCAGUCGUCCAGUUUUAUAAUUAUAAGACAUGAAGGAGUGACAGGAUGUGGUGGUUCCCUUGUGUGAGGCUGCAGGGGGGAAGCCGAGCCUUCCUGCGCCCCCACCACCUCCUCCAGUGCCCCAGCCUCACCCUGCAUGGCCCCUCACCCAGCUCACUCACCACAUCCUCCCCCCAGCUCCUAAGAACAGCACACACCAUGAAUGUUUAUAGUUUUUCACAUGUGUUAAGUGCUGGAAGGGGGCUGGAAGGGGCGAGGGGCUGGGUGCAGCAGGGGUGUGGCUGUGGUGCGGGUGGUGUGAGGGGGAUCAGUACCACAGCUCCUUCCCACAUGUUCUGGGAGAGAGAUCAGAAAGGAGGCUAUGGGAAAGAGAUCCAGAAGAGCCGCAAGGAGCUGAUCCGGGAUGGCCUGAAGGAGUUGAGGCAGGAGAUGUCCAAGUGGAAAGAGGAGAUGGACGAGAAGUUUGCCAUGGAUCCUGUGUUUGUGAGGCCUGGAGACAUGGAUAAAGUGUGGGUGCUGAACAGUAAGGAGGCGCUGGACCAGUGGGUGGUGACGUGCGACAGUGACCACAAUGAGGGGCGCAGCACGGCAGACCUCUCUCUCUCUCCCACCGGUCAUGGGCUGUUCUCUGGGCAAUUGUGUACUGAUCCUCCCAAAGACGGCAGGGUGAAGAGGGCUGGCUACUGCAACAUGAAGUCCAUCAGGCCCAGGAAAUCAUUCAAGAGGGAGGUGUACUUGGAAUGGGCAGACUACAACACACUGGAGAUCCGGCUGCGAGGGGAUGGCCGCUCGUACAUGCUCAACAUCAGCUGUGCCGGUUACUUCGACGUCAUGUGGAAUGAUAUGUACUCCUACCCUCUGUACACCCGCGGCGGCCCACACUGGCAGCUGACGAGGAUCCCAUUCUCCAAGUUCUUCCUGACGAGCAAGGGGAGGAUACAGGACAAGCAGGCCUCCAUACCCCUGGACAAGGUUGUGUCCCUCGGCAUCUCCUCUGGUGACCGCUCCAAUGCCCCCUUCCGUCUUGAGAUCGACUACAUUGGCGUGUACAAAGACCCGAGCCACAUUGAGGAGUUCGCUUACGAGAUGUACCGUCAGGAUAGGUUCAUGGUUACGCCGUGAGGAGCCAAGGUGGUAAGGAAGGCCUGGAGGUGCUGGGUGUUUGUAUAUAGGUGUACACUUGUUGAGAUCCUUGUUUUUGUAUGUGCUGUUUGCCUCAUGUGUAGGUGUUACUGAGGUGAGUGUGAGGUGAAGUGAGGUUUGGCUUGUGAAGGGUGUCUGAUGGAUGGGGUUCGAUCCUCUUUCUCUCUUUCUCAGGAAGGGAAAGUGUAAGAAUGUUUAGUGCUCUGUGUGUCAAGAAAAGGAGUGAAAGGAAAGACUAGAUCAUGUUUGCAUUGUGGCUUUCGAAAGUUGUGUUUGUGAAGAAUGUUGUAGUCCUCUCUCUCAGGAAGGUUGAGUGUAACAGUGUUAAGAGCAAUAUUUAUCCAGAAAAAGGAAUGAAGGGAAGACUAGAAGGCCAUAUGUCUAUGGUGGCUUCUAAAGUUGAGUUUAUGAAGAAUAUUUUUGGCUUCACUUUGGAAGACUUUAAGAACUAGAUAUUUAGAGCCAGUUCUAUCCAAGAAAAAUAAUCAAGAGAGAAUUGAGACUCUUUACUGAGUGGGUUUUGAAAGUUAUGAUUAUAAAGAAUAUUUUGGCUCUCAAUACUGUACAUGCCCCAGAAAAGAUCCAUAAAAGUUGAAACUGCAUGUACUGAGUAGGUUUCGAAAGUUGUGUUUAUGAUAUAUUGUGGUCAUCUGGAAGGUUGAUUUUAGAGAGCUUAGAAGGUUAAUAAGUAAGGGAAAGAUUCUAAAGCCAAUGAUGUGUCUUGAGUGACUCUGAGUGUGUGAAUACCAUUGUUGUUUUCACUCAGGAAGCUUGGCAUGAGAGGAUAUUAUUAUUAUUAUUAUUAUUUAUUUAUUUAUUUAUUUAUUUUUGUAGGAGAGGCACCAGCCAAGGGCAACAAAACCAAUAAAGAAAGUAAAAAACGCCUCAUUGACGUGCCAGUCCCUAAAGAGAGUGAAAAGCGGUCAUCAAAAUUUAAAGGAUAAUGAGAAAAUUAUUUUACAACAGUGCUCAUUGGAAAAGUAGAAUGAACGGGACUGGCAAGACUGGAAAAAAAAAAUGUGAAGAUGGUGGAAGAAAAUGAUUGAUGAAUUAACAGAUAAAAUAGUAAACAUGGUAAUAAUAUAAAUUAAACUUUAAUGAAGGAAUGAUUAUGAUACUUUUAUCAGUGUAAUUGGUUCUUGCUUUUGCAUGUAAAUAGAUAAAUAAAAAAAAGCAAAGGUGAAUCAAAAUAAACAAAUAAAAUCAAAGAAAAAAAAACAAAGAUCGAAAUUGGGAUGAGACUAGUGCCCACAUCAUCAAUAAUAGACCCCAUACCGAAAUUCAGAUGUACAGCUACACAACAGAGAAAUAAUAAUAAUAAUACCAAAUAGGGAUAUAUACAGCAGCACUCUAAACCUGUAAAAAUGCCCAGAGAUUCUUUUGUUCUGAAGGAAAAGUGUGAUGCAUAAGAAAGACUAGUACAUACUUUUAUUUUAUUUUAUUUAUUUAUUUAUUUAUUUAUUUAUUUAUUUAUUUAUUUCAUAUGCAGAGAGGCUGGCCAAGGGCAACAAAAGCCAUAAAAAAAAACUCCCUGAAGGUGCCAGUCCCUAUGCAUUCAAAAUAAGGAUUAUAAAAAUAAAUGAAUAAAUAAAUAAAUAGCAAGGUAUAGACUACAGAUAGACACAGGCGAGCUGAUGGUGACAGAGGUGCAUUGAUAUUUGUACAGUGCCUACCAUGAAAUACACAGCAGCUGUUUCCA